GUCAACAGGCCCACGGUAAGAGGAGAGCUAAAAUUUGAUGGUUGCUAAAGCAAUUCUAUAACGCUGCUCCGACGAAUAAGGUUUCUCUCGCCGGCUGCCGCUCCUGCGAGAAACCUUGUUCUAAAUCCGGAAAGUUGGGAACUUUGUCAUUCACAUGGAGGGAUUGAGUGUUUCAGAUGCUAAUUUGGUAGUCUAUAUCCAUCCGUCGCAGAGCAAGAAUGUUUCUCAAGCAAUACUUCGUGAGCUCAGCUCCUUGCUCUUCAAGUACAAUGAAACUUUUGAUGGUGUUGUUUUGGCCUAUGCUGUCAAUUCUCUAGAUAAACAAGCAAGAAUUCUCUCUGGAGUUCACCCAUACUUUGGUGUGAGACUAAAAGCAAAUCUGUUACUUUUCUCCCCAAAGCCAAAUAUGCUUUUAGAAGGGAAGGUGGUGAAACUUAUGCGAGAAUCGAUUCAUGUCAUUGUUCUUGGUUUUUCAUCUGCUGUUAUAGUAGAUGAAGACAUUCGUGAUGAAUUCAAAUAUAAAAGUAAACGUGGUGAAGCUAAAUAUGUUAGCAGAUCUCACAAGCGACAUGCAAUAAAGGUUGGAACAACGAUACGCUUUUCAGUCAAGAGUUUGGAUGAGGAAAUACUACACAUUUCUGGAUCACUGAUUCCAGCUCACACUGGAAGCGUUAGUUGGCUGGAUGGAGAUGGGGGAAAUCCUACAACUGAGAGUAGCAAGAAGAGGAAGCAGCCUGAUGGAGAAACUGAAGUGCAAGAGCUUGGUAUUGCCGGUGGAGACACGUGUUCCGUGAACAAUGACCAGAAGAUUAAGAAGUCAAAGAAACGUAGAAAUGCAGAAUAGCAUUGAAACCAGUUGUGGGUUUCCUGAUUCUUUUCUACAGUGUUCAAGAAAUUCUCCUAAUAUAUUUUUAGUUGCUCUACUUUGAAUAUCAAAUUCUGUGUCAAGCGUGAUCAAUCCAUGAUCAUUAAUCUGGGUAGUAUUUAAUAUGAUAGGUUGGUAGUCUCUUAUUCUUGAUAUUAAAAUUGAACUGCAUAUCAAAUCAGCUGUGUUCCUUGCAUG